GCGAUAUCGAUGCACUGAGUAUAAAAUCUCUGUCAGGUUUAACAUUCGUUAGUUUUGAGAAGAUCCUCGCGAGUUACCAUUGUUAAUAUUAAGCGCCGCAUUUUAUUAUUAAAAAUAAGUUUGUGCACAUUAUUCUUGAAAAUAAUGAUGCGAUACACUUUAAACAUGGCAAGGUGUUCCAUGCUUUUAAAUAAGCACAAUAUUGUGGUUCGACAUGCGCGCGGUUUGCAAUUGAGCAGUUUACAAAAGCAGAAUAUGGAUAAAUUGUUUCUACAAAGAGGAGAAUUUCAAGUGAGACACAUUGGACCCAGGGAACACGAACAGAUAGAAAUGUUGAGACUAAUUGGAUUUAAGAGUCUCGAUGAAUUAACGGAAACGGCAGUGCCAGCUAAAAUUCUUCACAAGGGAGAUUUAAAUCUUGAUGAGCCAGUUACUGAAUAUGAUCUAAUAAAACGGAUCACAAAAAUUUCGGAAAAGAAUGAUGUAUGGCGCUCUUACAUAGGCAUGGGAUAUCACAAUUGCUGCGUACCGCACACAAUCAUGCGUAACAUUUUUGAAAAUCCUGGCUGGACGACGCAAUAUACUCCUUAUCAGCCAGAGAUUUCGCAAGGACGACUCGAAGGCUUGUUGAAUUACCAAACCAUGAUAUGUGAUUUCACCGGGAUGGAAGUGGCGAAUGCUUCUCUCUUGGACGAAGGAACAGCGGCAGCAGAAGCUCUAGCGCUUGCAUAUAGACAUAAUAAAAGGAAAAAAUUGUUUGUCUCCGACCAAGUACAUCCUCAGACUAUCAGUGUUAUCGCCACGCGCGCUGCUUCCUUGGGUUUAACGCUAGAAAUUGGAGAUGUGUUUAAAGUAGAUACCAGCGGAAAUGAUAUUGCUGGUAUCCUCGUGCAGUAUCCUGAUACAACUGGCUGCAUCCAUGAUUUCGAGGAUGUUGUUAAAAGGGCACAUACUAAUGGGACACUCGUUUGCGCUGCCACUGACUUACUUGCGUUAGCUGUACUUCAACCACCGAGCGAUUUCGGUGUCGACAUAUGCGUGGGUACGAGUCAACGUUUUGGUGUGCCCCUCGGGUACGGUGGACCUCACGCUGGUUUCUUCGCGUGCCGGCAGAAACUGGUGCGAUUGAUGCCCGGCAGGAUGAUAGGUGUCACGAGAGAUUCCAGCGGACAGGACGCUUAUCGGUUAGCUCUUCAAACACGCGAGCAACAUAUUAGGAGAGACAAAGCUACCAGCAAUAUUUGUACUGCUCAAGCAUUGUUGGCUAAUAUGUCCGCAAUGUAUGCGGUGUAUCAUGGACCUCAAGGAAUAUGCGAUAUCGCGAACAGAGUACACAAUUUAACGUUAGCCUUGGCGAAGGGCUUAGAAGUGGCUGGAAACGAAAUAAAUAACAUAUACUUUUUCGACACUAUCACAGUGUCGCCAAAAAUUUCUGUGCAUACGAUAAAGGAAAAUGCGAAUGAAGCUAAAAUAAAUCUAAGAUAUUUUAGCAACGGUAAGAUCGGUAUAUCUCUCGAUGAAACGACAACAACAGAAGAUGUAAAUGAUCUUUUUAAGAUAUUUUCGACGAGCAUCACGGUUGAGGAUGUGAUUAAAGAUGAUAGUUUUCUCGCCAGGAGUUUAGACAAGUCAGAUUUCCACCGUACUAUUCCAUACUUACAGCAUCCUGUCUUCAAUAGCUAUCACUCGGAGACGAGGAUAGUCAGAUACAUGAAGUCUCUGGAAAAUAAAGAUGUAUCUCUUGUACAUAGCAUGAUUCCACUGGGUUCUUGUACAAUGAAGCUGAACUCAACGACGGAGAUGAUGCCUUGCAGUUUGAAAGGUUUCACAGAUAUACAUCCAUUCGCUCCACUCGAACAGGCCAAAGGAUAUCAACAAUUAUUUACCGAAUUGGAACAAGAUUUGUGCGCGAUCACCGGGUACGAUGGCAUUAGUUUCCAACCGAAUAGCGGAGCGCAAGGUGAAUACGCAGGUCUGAGGGCUAUUCAAUGUUAUCACGAAUCGAAGGGCGAUCAACAUCGACAAGUUUGUUUGAUUCCGAUAUCCGCGCAUGGUACAAAUCCUGCGUCCGCUCAAAUGGCGGGUAUGCAGGUGGAACCGAUCCUCGUGCGAAAGGACGGUUCCGUCGACAUGGCGCAUUUGAAGGAAAUGAUCGACAAGCAUCGAAAGACGCUGUCAUGCCUGAUGAUCACGUAUCCAUCGACAAAUGGAGUAUUUGAGGAGAAACGACAUCUUAUACCUUUUUUGCCGAAUCAUCCAGUAAUAAAUUGUUCGGAUAAUGGUAAUAGCGAUAUAAAGAGUCACGGUGCUGUAUCAGCCGCGCCUUUUGGAUCAUCUGCUAUUCUACCAAUCUCAUGGGCCUACAUCAAGAUGAUGGGUCCGAAAGGCUUACGCAAGGCUACGCAAGUGGCUAUUCUCAAUGCUAAUUACAUGAGCAAGAGAUUAGAGAAACAUUAUAAAACAUUGUACAAAGGUGAAACUGGGCUGAUCGCACAUGAAUUUAUUCUGGAUGUAAGAGACUUCAAGAAAACGGCCAACAUUGAAGCCGUCGAUAUUGCGAAAAGAUUGAUGGAUUAUGGUUUUCAUGCACCGACUAUGAGUUGGCCCGUAGCUGGCACCUUGAUGAUCGAACCGACUGAAUCUGAGGAUAAGACUGAAUUGGACAGAUUCUGUGAUUCUUUAAUCUCCAUAAGAAAGGAGAUUGCAGACAUUGAAGAAGGAAAAUUAGAUAUUGUACAAAAUCCUUUAAAAAUGGCACCUCACACGCAGGAACAAGUAAUAAUAACCGAAUGGAAUCGGCCAUAUUCGCGAGAGUUAGCAGCUUUUCCUGCUAUAUUUGUCAAAGGGAGCAAUAAGAUUUGGCCGAGCGUCGGAAGAAUAGAUGACAUAUACGGCGAUAAGAAUCUAUUUUGUACGUGCCCGCCUAUUUUGCCCACAGAACAAUAAUUGUGAUGUUAUAUUUAUACAUUAUGUACAGUUGCUUAAUUAAAUAAUGCAGGAUUAUUUAAAUAUUUAUUAUAACUUUUAUACAAAUAUAUUAUUUAUAUAAAACAUAAUGCUGUUUUUUCAUCUGUUUACCAGUACAUGAAAUAUAACAAAUCUGUAUUACAUUAAAAUAUCCAAUACA